CCGACAUUUUGUUUCUGUUCGGGUUAUCACUUGCCAGGACUAAGGAUGGAAGAAGGAAGUGAAAAGCAAAUAGAUUCCACAAAUGAAGGAGGGGAUGCAAAUGCGGAGACCCCGCCGGAGACCGCACCGGCCCCUGUAGUCUCGCCCACUGCUGAAGAGCCAGUUUGCGAAACGAAGCGCAAGAUUGAUGUCCUUCUGAAGGCUGUUGGGGACACCCCAAUCAUGAAGACUAAAAAGUGGACUAUAGAGAAGACCCGUUCAGUUCAAGGUCUAAUGGACUUUAUAAAGAAGUACUUGAAGAUGGAUGCUGUUGAACAAAUUUUUAUCUACGUGAAUCAGUCAUUUGCACCAUCCCCUGACCAGGAAGUAGGAACCUUGUAUGAGUGCUUCGGAAGUGACGGAAAACUGGUUUUGCAUUACUGUAAGUCACAGGCCUGGGGAUGAAGAUUUUGUUGCCACAUCUUCAUUUUUGGGGACCAGUCUUCUGAUUGUAAGAAGAACAUCUGUGAAUUUUGCCAUUGUAUGCCAUGCUGGAUCCUAUAUAUUGUCUGCCGACCACUGGGUCCAGCUGAAGGACAGGACUCUACAGGAAUGGCUGACAAAUUCACCUUGAAUAUAUACUUCCUGCAUUAUCCUGUGUAUGACUGUGAUUCAGAAAUAAGAUGAACAUACAAAAGCUGGUAACACAUAAUCGUAUGGCAAACACCAGGCCAAUCUGCGCUUUAAGCCUGUACGUGGGUGGUGAUUUUACCUGGUCAGUUCACAUCUUUAUCCUGCUGCAAGUGAACCAUUAGUUCACUGAAAGUGCUGUGAAUAAACUUUGCUGCCAGGUUUCAAACAUUUUUCUUUCCUUUUCAGCCUUAUCCUUAAUUAAUAGGGCAAUGCAAUGGUCUGCCCAAACAUCUAUACAGACGUAUGAUCAGCAAAGAAGUGGUCAAAAUUCCAGUUUUGCCCCAGUGCCAUAAAAUUUGGGUGCUUUAGUUAGAUGUUUAAUAGGCUGUGCAUAAUAAAAAUGUUUCUAAUAUAGUUAGCCAAAAUGUAAUGUAUAAAGGCUCGAUGUCUCCCAUAAUAGCCAGAACACUACUUUUCAGCUCUAUAACUCUGAUUUAGUCAGUGACUUUAAUGGGAGCCCACAUGAGACAUAUAUGUUCAGUGAGUUUGCCAUUGAUCCUCCGCAUUCAGCUCAGAUUCAAAAGCAACAGUUAUGACCCCUCAAGUCACUGAUUGGUUACUGCCUGGUAACCAAUCCGUGGAAACCAAGAGAACUGAAAAGCAGGAAGUAGUGUUCUGGCUAUUAUGUUACACAUCCAGUCACUCCAGCCUUUAUACAUUACAUAUUUGGCUAACUAACUAUAUUAGAAACAUUAUUUAUUUUGCACAGGCUAUCUAUUUACCCAGUUUUUAUUUUUAUACUGAACAAUUUAAGAAUAUCUUAAUAAAUAUAUAUAUAUAUAUAUAUAUAUAUAUAUAUAUAUAUAUAUAUAUAUAAUUCCUGAGGAUUAUUAAAGUUGAGCAGAAGAUUAUAGCUUUGGCACAUCAUCUACCCUGUACAUUGUUCCUGAGCAUGCAGGGCCCCUUACAGGACACACAGUGCAAUUGUCCCUAUGUCGUCGCAUGCACAAGGAUUGUUUAAACUGGGAAGUUACUCAAGAGGAGAAUUCUUACGACAACCAUCCGCAAAACAGUGAUACUGGCAAGGAUGUAACAUCAUUAAAGACAAUGAUGCAAAUUUAAA